UCGCUCUCUUUAUGACUUUUUCUCUCUCUUUUCAUUUCUUUGACUCUCUCUCUCUCCAAAAAAACCAAACGCUUUAAAUAAAGGCCACUGCCUAUUGUUGUCUCUCUAGUUCCUCCAAUUCCAUUUGCAUGCUCUCUCUACCCUUUUCCUUCGGAAUUAACAUAAACCAAACACAAGGUUAAGAAUAAGAAAUCAAUUUUUCCAUGGCUGUUGAAGCAAGACAUCUCAGUCUUUUAAAUCAGCAAAUUAGGAGUGGAUUUAUAUACAAUACCCAGAUGAAUUCAGGGCUGGAGAACUUUUUACCGAUUCAGGUUCAGCAGCCCAAGACAUGUGAAAGUGGCCUUACCUUUAACCUGCCCACAAAUGAUAUUGUUGUCGCUCCAAGGAAACGUUCAAGAGAUUCAUUCAAUGAUCACUUCACUCCCUCUAAUACUUCUUUCUCUACCCCUCACAAACCCUGCAACGGACUCUCUCAAACUCCCUCUUUUGUCGGUGAUGAGGUUUUGCCACUUGUUCAACAGUAUCAGUUGGAUAUCAACUCCAUCAUUUCUCACCAUACGAAGAAAAUAAGACUGGAAUUAGAAGAGCAACAGAAACACCAAGCGAGAAUGCUGGUGUCGGCGAUUGGUGAAAGGGUGAUGAAGAAAAUGAACGAGAAAGACGAACAGAUACAGAGAAUGGGGAAAAUCAAUUUGGUUCUACAAGAAAGAGUAAAGACUCUGUACAUGGAAAAUCAACUAUGGAGAGAUUUAGCACAGACCAACGAAGCCACCGCCAAUUCACUGCGUACCAACUUGGAACAAGUCCUCCUCGCGCACGUUAGCGACGAACGCCUCUCCGCCGUACCGGUUGAGGAAGACGUCGAGUCCUGCUGCGGCAGCAGCAACGACGAGCAGGAGGGGAAAAAAGAGGAACAAGAGGAGGUCGUGCGCAGGUUAGCGGGAGAUGCGCAGGAUAAAAGUAACAGAAUAUGCAGGAAGUGUGGAGAGAGGGAAUCCUGUGUGUUACUGUUACCGUGCAGGCACUUAUGCUUAUGCACUGUUUGCGGGUCCAGUUUACACCAUACCUGCCCUGUGUGUAAUUCAAAUAUGAAUGCCACAGUUCAUGUUAACAUGUCUUCUUGAUCCAAACGUGAAAAUCUUCAACAGUAAAGAGAAAAAGAUUAGAGCAAAUAGAGUUGCAGUUUUUUGUUUUGUUGAUUUACAAGUUUUCAAACAUAGCUACUGUAAAUUCCCUUUUGGUACUCUGGUAUAAUGAAUAGUUCAUUCUUUCUUAA